UCAAAUUUGUCAAAUAAGGGAUAUUCUUUAAUCAGAAUGAUGGAUAAAAUCCACCAUUGUUGUUCUUUUCUUAAUAGGGGAAUGAGAACACAAGAAUUGGUGGUAACCUUUUUAGUAUUGGGAUGUGCACUGACGUGGGUCUCCAUGUCUGAUGCACUUGUUGGUGGUCAUCAAGAGCAUGCUCACAAUGAAUGCAAUCUUACAAGAUAUCCCAAUCUAUGUGCUGAAACCUUAAUGGAAUUGGGUUUAGGGAAUCAAAAUGUUGACAACAAUAUUGAGGCUCUUGUUAACAAAACCAUAUUUGAAACCAGCUUGCCAAGUUCAUAUUUUGCUGAAUUCAAGACUGGGGAAGCUCAACCAGUUCAUUCAGUUGUUGCAGACUAUUGUGAAGAGCUAAUGAGCAUGUCACUGAAAAGGCUAGACCAAUCCUUGAGAGCACUGAAAUCCCCUAAAAGAAACACCAAUGACAUCCAAACAUGGCUAAGUGCUUCUCUAACUUUCCAACAAUCUUGCAAAGACCAUGUUCAUGCACACACCUCAACACUCUCUACAGAUGAUCACCUUAUGGAAAGGAUGUCCAACAAAAUGGACUAUCUCUCACAAUUGGGAAGCAACUCAUUAGCCCUUGUUAACCAAAUGAGCACAACAACAAGCCACAAUAUUGGUGAUAAUAAUAAUGAAAAGGAACAUGAAUUUCCCAUUUGGGUAUCAUCCAAAGGACGAAAACUGCUUCAAGGAGCAACCAUAAAGGCAAAUGCAAUAGUUGCGCAAGAUGGUUCAGGAAACUACAAAACAGUUUCUGAAGCCAUCGAGGCAGCUUCAGGAACAACAAGGUUUGUGAUUUAUGUUAAGGAAGGGGUUUAUAAGGAGAAGAUUAACACCAACAAGGAUGGUAUCACCUUGAUUGGAGAUGGAAAAUACUCUACUCUUAUUGUUGGAGAUGACAGUGUUGCCAAGGGUGCUAUCUUACCUGACUCCGCCACAUUUACAAUCACAGGCGAUGGCUUCAUUGCGCGAGACAUCGGCUUCCACAACAAUGCGGGCCCCGAGGGCCAGCAGGCCGUAGCCCUAAACAUAGCCUCCGACCGCUCCGUCUUUUACAGAUGCAGUAUAGCAGGCUACCAGGACACCCUCUACGCCCACGUCCUCCGCCAGUUCUACCGAGAAUGUGAUAUCUAUGGCACAAUCGACUUCAUCUUUGGAAACGCUGCCGCGGUCUUCCAGCGCUGCAGCCUCGUCCUCCGCCGCCCCCACGGCCACGCCAGCUACAACGCCGUCCUGGCCAACGGCCGAACCGACCCGGGCCAGAACACCGGCUUCUCCGUCCACAAGUGCACUAUAUCGCCGAGCUCCGAACUCUCCUCGGUGAAGGGCUCUUAUCUUUCUUUUCUUGGGAGGCCCUGGAAGGAGUAUUCUAGGGCUGUGGUGAUGGAGAGCAGCAUAGACGACGCCGUUGCUGCUAGUGGCUGGAUCGAGUGGCCUGGGUAUGGAGGGUCUGUGUUGAGGACUUUGUAUUUUGCCGAGUAUGGGAAUGAAGGUGCCGGCGCUGGAACUAGCAAGAGGGUGCAUUGGCCUGGGUUUCGUGUUCUUGAGGCUGAAGAAGCUCUUAAGUUCACUGUUGCUGGUUUUAUCGGUGGAAACUCGUGGAUUCCCUCCACUGGAGUUGCUUUCAUUUCGGGGCUUAAUUAAUUGAGUGUGUAGCUAUAUUAGGAAAAUAAAUAAAGUAUUAAAGAAUUUGUUUUUAUUAGUAGUUGUAUUAUUAUUUUUUAUCAUUAAUAGUUGCAUUUAUGUAAACAGAAAUAAAGUACAAGCUAGAAAGUAAUAUACUUGUCUCCAAUAAAGGGUUGUACUUGUCGUAUACUUCCUCCAUUUUAAAUUGAUUGAUAUUUUAGCAUUUAA